CUCAACUCCCGCACCCCUCACACCCGCCACGUUCCGCGGAUGGGCGUCACCAAUCUCCCAAAAUCACGUCGCCUCGACAGUCUCCUGAACACGCCACAGAUCCAAACAGCAGUAUGACUGUGGCCCGCGGCGAAGGCUCCCCUGAGCGAGUAGGGGGUGCCCUGCGUCGUCUGCAUUAUAAGGCGACAAGGCGUGCCCACUCCGCAGCCGCAAGGCAUCACAGCACCACCUCCACUCCUAAGGUGGUCGUCAUGGGCAGCAGCACGACAUCAGACAAAACGAUCAACACCAGCACAGACUCCGCUGCCACUGCCCUCACUUCCAUCACGGGGACUGACGACUCCAUGGACGCUGAGCCUGAACCCCCUGAGUUGCCAUCCCAACCUCCAAGCCUCAUGGACUCAGAACCCUCUCAAAAUCCACCAAGCACGGCCCCACCACAUUACCAUCGAGCUCAGAACAGCUGCGAACUGGUUUCUCCAGUUUAUACAAAACCUCAGUCAGCAUCUGACGUCAUAGAUUCUCCAAGACCAGGCCCAGCCAGGUUCGUCUUUGAUGUUCCUUUACCGGACCCAAAGCGGUUCGAGAAAAAGCGGAACAAAACACAAGUGAAUCUGACCAGUGGGCCAUCGACGUCUAUCCAAAUACCUUACGAUCCCAAAAUGGAGAUUCCCAAAAGCCCAAAGGCCAAUCAAUCAAAAUACGAAACACAUUUCAAAUUUGAACCUGAACCCGUUAAAAGGCGAGGCAGUGAGCCGAGGAUGAAGAAUAAACAGAAGCUGGAUAAACAGGAUUAUUAUAAGGAUGAAGUUGCGAAGCUGAGACGGCAGUUGGAAGGGACGGAGGUGUUUACGACAACUAGAAGACGGUCUUCCGCACACCAGCAUUCCGUUCCACCGCCUUCUUCAAGAAGACAAUCAACAGCGGCUCAAGUCCACGUCACGGCCAAUCCUCUAGAUUCAGCGGCAACUACAAUACCAGCCGGUCGUACAACCAUCGUGGUCCAACAGCCGUCUCUCUCCCUCGAUUAUGGAGGCUGCUCCACUAUCCUCGUGAGGGACGAGGACGGAAGACGUAAGAGUAGAGUCUGCAGCGAUCAUAUACAGCAGCUGUUGGACGUGACUAGUCAGUUCACUUCGGAGGAUCUUCACGACUUUGACAAGAGGUACGGUAGCCCUCACCACUCCAGAUCGCAGUCAGUGAAAGCUGCGAGGUCCCGGACUGGGGAGCGCCAACUGCUCGGGUUACCACAGCAGCGGGCUCGAGUGGCUUCCAUGCCCAACACUGGAGUCGAGGAAGAAUAUUACAGACUAAGACACUUCAGCAUUACUGGCAAAGGUGUAGUGAACCGCGGCGAUUCCUUGCGCUCUAGAAGAUCCCGGUCCAACACUUCUGUGGCAUCAAGCGCGUCCAGCACUGAAGCUGUCACCAGAGCUUCAGCGCCUUGUUCUCUAGCUUCCUCAAGGGACUCGUCAGCAGGUCUGAGUGCUUAUAGAGUGUUAGUGCUGGGAGCUCCAGGAGUCGGGAAAUCGAGUUUAGUUGGACAAUUCAUGACAUCAGAAUACUUACACGCAUACGACACCAGUAUAGAUGAUGAAUCUGGCGAGAGGUCCGUUUGUGUUUUAUUGGCUGGUGAAGAGUCUGAAAUCACAUUCUUGGACUCGCCUCCUGACCACGUGGUUUCUGAAGGCUGCGCACAUGGUUACUGCGUGGUCUACUCAACAGCUGACAGGAGCAGCUUCGGCGAAGCAGAGCGGAGGCUGCAAGCGCUGUGGGCAGCAGGACAUACCUCCCGCCGCGCAGUCAUAUUAGUUGGGAAUAAGGCAGACUUGGCCAGGUCGAGGGCUGUACCCACAGAUGAGGGCAAAAGCCUAGCCACGUCGUACGAGUGCAAAUUUAUCGAGACAUCAGUGGGUAUCAACCACAACGUCGAUGAACUGCUAGUGGGGCUCCUGACGCAGAUCAGGCUGAAACAGCAGCAUGCUGAGAGGGUCAGAAAACGCAGCGGAUCCCGCAAGAAUCGCAGUCGGACGAGAUCACCAAUGGACACAGAGACGCCAGCACCACCCGUGCCGCCACCAGCCACUGCAUCUGCUGCCAGCACUCCCAGGAAGAGGACCAGGCUAUCAGCCAGUGUUAAGGUCCGUGGCUUGCUCGGGCGUGUCUGGGCGCGAGAUUCGAAGUCCAAAUCCUGCGAAAACCUUCACGUCCUCUAG